CAGCGCGCGCCGUUACAUCACCACGACGACGCUGUCCGCGUGACGCGCUCGGAGGGUCCUUCCUGUUUCCUUCGCUCGCGUCUUUAAGUGGCUCGCGCUGCCGGAGGAGCCGCAAAACACGGGAGGACCGGCGCGCGCCCUGUCUGUCUCUCAUACACACGGACGCACGCUCGCACGCACACACGCAUAAACACACGCACACACACGUACACUUUCGCUCUCUCUCGCUCUCUCUCUCACAUACAAAGGCUUUAUUCCUCACUCCUCUUUCUAUCUCUUUCUCCCUCUCUCUCCCUCUCUCUCUCUUUCUCCCACGCGCAUCGCUCAGUUACACCGCACUUCGAGCACGUCGUUCCUCUCUUUUUCUAUUCCUGUCUCUCUCUCUCUUUCCCCCUCGGAUAAAAGAAAUAGGGAUUUUUUUUGCUUUGGUCCGGCUCUCGUCUAUCUGUGAGAUAACUGGAGUGGUACUCUAACAGUGUGAGCCCUGGCCUGCGAGAAAUGGCUCAGUACUAGCACUAGGGAUGCCGGACCAUGACAGUGAGUCCCUCCUAAAUCGACAGACCAAAAGAAGACGAGUGGACAUCGGAGUGAAGAGAACCGUUGGCUCAACUUCCACACCUACACCAGCAGCCUCUGCUGACAGUAUUGCAGCCCGCGCAGCCAAAUCCGCCGCCAUCUUCGGGGCCAUGAACGCCCAUCACAGCGGGGAGCAGGACCUGCUGGAGUGCCAAGGGACACAGCUCGGGCACGGAGACAGCAGUGAGAGCAAAUCCAAUGUGCUCCGGAAGCUUCUAAAGAGGGCCAACUCCUAUGAGGAUGCGAUGAUGCCCUUUCCUGGUGCUACCAUCAUCUCACAACUGCUGAAGAGCAACAUGGCAAAAAAUGGAGGCGGUGGAGGAGGAGAACCAGGGUUCCCAGGUAGCGCCCUCUCCAGCACGGGAUCCGAGGUGCCGCAGGAGGAUGCAUGCAGUAACUCAUCCCAGGACAGCCCUCAGGAGUGUCUCUCACCUUUCGGCCGUCCCACUCUGGGUCACUUUGAUGUUGAACGACUAAACGAUGAGCACCUCCGAGCCAAGCGGGCUCGUGUAGAGAACAUUAUACGUGGAAUGAGCCACUCACCCAGUGUCAUGAUGCCAUCGAACUCCAGCACAAGGGAGCGAGAACGGGAUGGGGAAGGAGAAAUGGACUGUCCUCAGCAGCCACCCAGUCCACGAGAUGGCUACCGCGAGAACAAGCGCAAGCAGAAGCUUCCUCAACAGCAGCAGAGCUUCCAGCAGCUGGUGUCGGCGCGCAAGGAGCAAAAAGUAGAGGAACGCAGGCAGCUCAAGCUGCAGCUUGAGGACAUGCAGAAACAGCUGCGACAGCUGCAAGAGAAGUUCUUCCAGAUUUACGAUAGUACUGACUCAGAAGGGAAUGACCCAGAUCAUGAUGCAGGGAACCUCUCAGAAGACAGCGCACGCUCUGAUGCUGGACUCAUCGAUGGAGACAUUGAUGAGCGGCCUGUACAGGACUCCAAUGCUGAUCGAUCUGAUAAUGAAAUGUCAGAUCUGGAUCCAGGGCACUUUCUGGACCGGGCAAGGGCAUUGCUAAGGGAACAAGCCUUGUUGGAUGGAGAGAAACCCAAAAGGGAGGGCUCACUCAGGAGCAAGGGUCAAGGUCCAACCUCUAUGCACGCAGAAGGCAAACAACUGGCAGAAACACUGAAGCAGGAACUAAACUCUGCUAUGUCCCAGGUUGUAGACACCGUAGUAAAAGUCUUCGCAAAACCUCCACGCCCUCUACCACAGGUGUUCCCACCACUUCCUGCACCCCAGGAUCGUUUCAGCAUUAAUGGGGACAACCCAAACUUUCACACAGCCAAUCAGCGGCUUCAGUGCUUUGGCGAUGUCAUAAUUCCCAGCCCACAUGAAUCGUUCGGUGGAGUCCCAUUACCCAGUGCCAAUGAUCAGACUGAGGCACUGCCUCUAGUGGUGCGAAAGUCUGCCUCUGAGCACCACCAUCAAUCGUCAGCUGUGGGUGCUCAUGGAGGCCACCACCAUCCCUCCCUCCACCCAUCCUCCCUCUCCGCCAACAUGGGUUUCAGUCCGCCAUCUUUUCGCCAUCCCUUCCCUCUUCCUCUCAUGGGGUACCCCUUUCAGGGCCCACCUGGUGCCCUGUCGGUAGGGUACCCAGGCAAAGACAGAGGCUCACCUGAUUCCAUGGAUCUCCCACGGGAGACCACCAGCUUAAGGACCAAGAUGGCGUCCAACCACCAUUUGGGACACCACCGGUCCUGCUCGCCAACACACCCAGGGAGCACGGCUGAGAGUCUGUCUCUUUCACUCAUUAAGUCUGAGUGUGGAGAUCUUCAGGACAUGUCUGACAUCUCACCAUAUUCAGGAAGUACAAUUCAGGAAGGGCUUUCUCCCAACCACCUGAAGAAGGCCAAGCUCAUGUUCUUCUACACCAGGUACCCCAGCUCCAACAUGCUGAAGAUGUUCUUCUCCGACGUCAAGUUUAACAGGUGUAUAACGUCUCAGUUGAUAAAGUGGUUCAGUAACUUUCGGGAGUUCUACUACAUCCAGAUGGAGAAAUUUGCGCGGCAGGCCAUAAACGACGGAGUGACCGGAGCCGAUGAGAUCUCCGUCAGCCGAGACUCCGAGCUGUUCAGGGCUCUCAACAUGCACUACAACAAGGCCAAUGACUUUGAGGUUCCCGAGCGUUUCCUGGAGGUUGCUCAGAUCACACUGCGGGAGUUCUUCAAUGCCAUCGUGGCAGGGAAAGACGUGGACCCGUCUUGGAAGAAGGCCAUCUACAAGGUCAUCUGCAAGCUGGACUCAGAGGUUCCGGAGAUAUUCAAGUCCCCCAACUGUCUCCAGGAGCUUCUUCACGAGUAAACGAUUCCCAAAAGCCUGCUUGUUGUUUUUUUUUCCUUUUUCUCGUUCAACUGAUGAUUUGAAUUUCUUUUUUUUUGGAAAGUUUUACAUUUCUUCUUUUUUCCUUUUCUUGUUUUUGAAUGUAUGGCAUAUGAAGUAGCAUUCCUGAGCUUUUUUUUGUUUUGUUUUGUUUUGUUAUUUUAUUUUAUUUUUUUUCGGGAUGAUCUAGCUGUUAAAUUUGAGAUUGUUUUCUGUCUUUUUCUUUUUUGUGUGUUUUAUAUUUGAAGAGACUUUCGAUAUGCCGGUAGGGGCCCUUUUGACACUUGCCUGCCCACUCUGUUUGGAAUUACAAGUAUGGGGGGGAAAUGUCAUUGAAUCCCUCAUACUGAAGCCAAACAACUCAGUGAAGUAGUAUGACUGAUAUAAAGUUGACCUGGGCUUGUCAAACUGAAGUUUUGAAGUGUGUAUUUUUUCUUCGGAGAAUAGGGCAUUGCAUUUAUAGGGUGUAUAGACUAUUAUUAUUAUUAUUAUUAUUAUUAUUAUUAUUAUUAUUAUUGUUAUUUUAUUAUUGUUGGUGUUGUUGUUGUCGUUCCUGCUUGGGUAAGACUGGCACUUGGAGGUUUUUCUCUUUUUUUUUUGUUUUUUUCGUUUGUUUCACGAUUAAGGUUGCAAGAAAUAAAUUAUUAUUCCAAAAUGUAAAUCUCUAUAUGCAAAACUAUAUUACAGACUCUACACCCGAACUGACUUCACACUAGAAUAGACUUCAUUUGGUCCUCUCCCAGACUACUCUCUCUCUUUUUUGGUUUAUAUGGGUCUAAGAGUUUCCAUUUUUUUUGGCUGCUUUGACUGACAGCUCAAUGCACCAAUCACAGAAUUUGAAAGGGCAUCGUAACCCCACCCCCAAGCUGUAGAUUAGGUUUUCUUUUUUUGCUGCACAGCCAAUUUUUGGUUGAAUCUGAAUUCUCUGGUUUGCACAAAAAAAAAGUACAAAUGCUUUUGUAUUGCCUCUAGAAUUCCUAGCGUCACCAGCACACACACACACACAUACACACAAACAUAUACACACUCAUAUUAGCACACAAACACACACGCACACAAUCCUGUCCUGCUUACUCAGAAGCUGUGUGUGCUUGGCACUUGUUCAGUUUUAUACAGGCACCUCUUUGCGUGCCGGGCGCUGGGGAGGUCACCCCCUCAAGGCCGAAUUUCUGGAUGACCAACAGCUCGGACCCGAAACGUCACUGUGCACACAUCUCAAGAACAAGCCCUUCAACUUCUCAUUCCAGAAGAAGCAUUCUAAACCUUCGAGUGUGUGUGUGUGUGUGCGUGUGUGUGUGUGUGUGUGUGUGUGUGUGUGUGAGAUUUUGGAGAGAGAUUGUAAUUGGCCUCUGGCCCUUUUCUGCGUGAGUGAUUUUUUUUUUUUUUGCUGUGUGGUAAUUAGCUCAGUAUUUUUAUGGUGUUUCUUGAAUAAAGAACUGCUAUGAAAUGAAAGUCAACCAUGUUUGAAGAGGACACAAUACACAGAUUCAAUCCUUGCAUUUUCUUUCCUUCUUUUCCUGAAUGUUACGAUUGAAAGUUUGUACUGUAUGGAUAUGAAUUAAAAAAAAAAAUGCACUUACCUGUUGUUCAGUGGAGGCAAUGACAUUGGAUUUUAUUUAAUAAAGAUUGAAAAUAUACUUGAAAUGAA